AUUCACUCCAGCAUCGUCCCAUUUUAUAGACAAUUUGCUUCCAUACUUAGAGAAUGGCGUUUUUUGAUAGCAUACGAGAAAGGGCUAUCAAUACGAUUAAUCAAGUUUUAGACAAGAAGGAAAAUGAUGGUCUCACUAAGGCACAAUUGUUCUGUAGAGAAUAUAACCUUCCUGAUGACGAAACAGUUCUUGAUGAAUCAGCUGUAGAAGUUGGAAUCAAAUCCGAUCACAAUAAAGAUGCUUAUAAGAAUAUGGCAUAUCCUCAGGGCAGAAUAUUCUUAACUCAACAUUUUUUGAUUUUCCGUGAUGCAUUUGAUAAGAGAAAUUGUUCAUUCACCAUUCAAUUGUCGACGAUAAAGAAGGUUGAAAGAUUACCUACUAGCUCAUAUGGAUUUGCAUUAUCAAUAAGUACCCAUAGUAAGGUAUAUAUUACUCUUUAUCUUGUUGGUAUUCGUUCAGAUAGUGAAAAGUUUUCUUAUAACUUAAAAUUGGCAUUAAAGAAUAAUUUACGAAAUGUUCAGAAAUUACAGCCGUUUAUUCAAUCUUGUUAUUCAGAAUAUUUAUUAGCUAAGAAUAAAAUAUCUGCAGAAAAAGUGGAAGAAAUGCCGGAUGGCGGUUUGGGUAUUAUAUUCAAAUUUCCUGGAAAUGCCAGAGAAUUGAAAGAUAAGUCGAAAAUGAAACUUUGGUUUGAUUUGUUUAGAGGUGAAGGUAGAAAUUUAUCCCUCAUCAAGACUCCAAUGUUUUACAAAUUGAUAAGAGUGGGUUUACCAAAUCGUUUAAGAGGUGAAAUUUGGGAAUUGUGUUGUGGCUCUAUGUACUUAAGGGCAGAUCAACCAGAUAUCUAUUCAAAAUUAUUGGAAGAAAAUAAAGACAAGAAAUCUUUUGCUAUUGAGGAGAUUGAAAAAGAUCUUAAUAGGUCCUUACCGGAAUACGCUGCUUAUCAAAAUCCUGAAGGGAUCGAAAGAUUACGUAGGGUUCUUACUGCCUACUCAUGGAAAAAUCCAGAAGUUGGUUACUGUCAAGCUAUGAAUAUUGUAGUUGCUGCUUUGUUGAUUUAUAUGUCUGAGGAACAGGCGUUUUGGUGCUUAAAUGUUUUAUGCGAUCGUUUGGUACCUGGUUAUUAUUCAAAAACCAUGUAUGGAACCUUAUUAGAUCAAAGAGUAUUUGAAUCGUUAGUUCAAAAUACAAUGCCUCUUUUGUGGGACCAUAUUUCAAAAAACGAUAUCCAACUUUCUGUUGUUUCUUUGCCUUGGUUUUUAUCUUUAUAUCUCAGUUCUAUGCCAUUGGUGUUUGCGUUUAGAAUUCUUGAUGUAUUUUUUUUACAAGGUGCUAAAACUUUAUUUCAAGUCGCCUUGGCCAUAUUGAAGUUGAACGGGGAAGAAUUACUCAAAACGGAAGAUGAUGGUACAUUUAUUUCAAUAUUGAAAAACUAUUUUCAAACUUUAGACCAAUCUGCUCAUCCUGAUUCUCCAAAUCUUAAAUAUAGAUCUAUAACCAAAUUUCAAGAAUUACUAGUAACAGCAUUUAAAGAGUUUUCGGUUGUUGAUCAAGAAAUGAUAGCUAAACAUCGUGCUAAGCAUAGAGGGACAAUUUUGCAAAACAUAACUAGUUUCGUUAAAAGAACAGAAUUGAGAAAUUUACCAAAAUCAACUAAUAUUGAUCAAGACGUCUUAGGCAAAAUUUAUGAUAGAUUUUAUUCGAUUGUGCAAACUCAAAAUGUUACAAUAGGAAGUGGUUCAAGUACAAUGGAUUUUGUUGCUUUUAAAAAAUUUAUGGCUCAAAUAUGUGAUUGGGUUGAACUUGAGCAUGAUGAUCGAGAAACACAAGGUGAAGAUUUUUUGCAAAGAUUAUUCACCCAUUGGGAUUCUGAAGGCAAGGGUAACCUCAAAUUAUCGGAUUUAGUUUUUGGAUUAAACAAGUUAGUUGACUCAGAUUUAAUGACUUCCAUGUCUAACUUUUUCGAAUUAUAUGAUGUCGAUAACAAGGGAAGGAUUGAUAGAGAAGGUAUUUUGAAAAUUUCAGAAGACUUGCUAUAUAUUACAACUCCAUGGAAGGAUGGGGUGCUUCUUGAUUCAAUCACUCAAACUGCAAUCGAGAAUGACAUUGCUGAUAUAGUGUAUAAAAGACAGCAAGACCAAGGUUCUAAUUCCGCUAAGGAUGAAAUAGAUCUUCCCACUGAAGUUGACCUUGAUAAGCAAAAACUUGAGAACCAACAAAUCGAGAGAUAUUUAUCUGCGGCUAGUACGUUUAUUCAAAGGGCAUUUGAAUAUGCUCAACCUGAAGAUGAAGAAGUUCUCAUUAAAGAAUUGGCAAUUGAUAACAAGAUCUCUCAUAAUGCUGCUCUUAAUCCAAACACUCCGGUAUUUGUAAAUUUACCUACUUUUAGGAUGGUUAUACUAGCGGACGAGACCUAUGAAUUGUUAUUCAGUAAAACUUUGAGACACUCAAUACAUCUUGACAAACCACUUGAUUCCGAUUUUAGUACCAUUCGUAAUCUUAGAGACAUGUUUGAUGGUAUGUUUGCCGAUGGUAGAGACAUCGCUAAGAGAGUACGUCGUCGUAUGGAUUCAGCAGCCACUACUUUGAAUAACAAUAGUGUCGGUAGUGAUAACGCUUCUUUAAAAUCAUCUAAAUCCAAGGCUCAAGAAGCUGAAGAAGAAGAAAGGGAUGAUGAUUUUGGUGUGAUCGAUAUUGACCAGAAUGAUAAAGAUCUUAUCCUUGGUGCUGAAGCACAAGUUUUGACGGACCCUGUGAAUAAUUCGCCUGCUGGUCAAAAAGAAUUACGAAGAUUCCAUAAUGCAGAAAGCAAGAUCAAGUCAGAUCAAGAUGCUGAUAGUUCACAUGUUGAACAGAACUUAAUAGAAUUCGAGACAUGAUUUUUUUUUUUUUUUUUAGUUUGGUAAAUUAUAUAGUCGUUUUUAC